AUGGCCACGCAAAAUCAAUCAGAUCAACACCAAGGAUCACAUUCGAAUUAUAUGAGUAAAAUAGCAGAUUAUCAAAUUAUAGAGGAAAUUGGUAGAGGAACAUAUGGAGUAGUUCUGAAAGCUCAAUGUAAAAAAACGGAUACAAUUGUUGCUUUGAAACGUAUACUAGAACAAAAUGAUGGUGAAGGUUUUCCUACAUCGGCAUUAGAUGAAAUUCGAGUUUUACAAUUUAUCACGCAUGAAAAUAUUGUUCAACUAAUUCGCAUGUGUGAAUCAUCAAGUCCAGAUCUACCUGAUUAUCAAGUCUAUCUUGUAUUGGAAUAUUGUAAUCAUGAUUUAGCUGGUCUAAUAAAAAAUCGUCAACUACAUCCUACUCUUGAUAAUCGAAAAUGUAUCAUGAAACAAAUACUCAAUGGUCUUUCGGCUCUUCAUGGCAAAAAAAUUAUGCAUCGUGAUUUAAAACCAGCAAAUAUUUUAUUAACAAAUGAUGGUAUAGUUAAAAUUGCGGAUUUUGGUUUAUCCGACAUAAUUACAUCACCAGAAUUCGGCCAACAACAAUCACUUUCAACUAACGUUGUUACAUUAUGGUAUCGUGCACCAGAAUUAUUAUUAGGUGAUCCAAAUUAUGAUUUUGCAAUUGAUAUGUGGAGUGUUGGAUGUAUUUUCGCCGAACUCUUUAUACGUGAUGCAAUUUUACGAGGUGAUAGUAAAGAGAAGCAAUUCGCAUUAAUUAAAAAAUUAUUUGGUGAUAUUAACUGGCCCGGUAUACAUCAAUUACCAUUAUAUUCUCAUUUAAAUAUAUCUCGAUUUAGCCAAGGACAACUUGAAAAUUGUGUGAUAGAUUAUCGAACGAAAAUUUAUAAUGAAGCUUCACGUGAUUUAAUAAAUGAAUUGUUAACAUUAGAUCCUAAAAAACGUAUUGAUGUAAAUAAAGCAAUUCGUUCUAAUUAUUUUAAACCUGAACCAUCAUUAAAAGAUUUUAAAGAUUUUUUAUCAAAGCAUUCAUGA